AUGUCGAAUUCAACACGUACACGUACAUCGUUUAAUGAUCUUGUUCGAACAGUGAACAUUCUUCAAGAAAUGGAUCCAUAUGUAUGUCUUAUACUUUAUGUUAUUGGUACGUGUGGAGCAGUGUUAAAUAUAAUAACAUUUCUUCAAAAACAACUUCGAAUUAAACCGUGUGGCGUUUAUUUCUUAGCCACAUCAAUUGUUGAUCUUAGUACAGUGAAUAUGUUUAUAUUAAUUCAAUGUAUAUCAACAUUCAAUGCAUCUCUUGGUGAUAAGAUCCUAUUAUCAAGAAUUUGGUGUAAAUUUGGUAAUUGGUUAAGAUUUCAAUCACCUUGUUUAGCAUCGACUUACUUUGCAUUAAUAUCCUUUGAUCGAUUUUGUGUGAGUUCAUUAAAUCCAACACUUCGAAAUUGGAGUAAUUUGAGAAUAAGUCGUCGUGUAGUGGUGAUUUCUUUUCUCAUCUGGGCAUUACUUGCAUUACAUUACCCAAUUGCUUAUGAUGUUCGUCAAGAUCCAUCAACUAUGACAAAUCAAUGUCAAGUGGUUCUUGGUUCAUCGACUAUUUUUUAUAUCAUGGAUGGACUUCUCUUUUCAUUAUUCAAUGGAGCAAUUAUUCCUUUUGUUUUAGUUUUAUUGAGUUUAUUGAUUUUUUCUAACAUGAAUCAAAGUCGAAAUCGAGUAAAUCCACAACAAAAUACUAUAGGAAUAAAUAAAGCAAGAUCAGGUACAGGAACUGCUGCAAACGGGACAACAGCUAUUCAUAGUCGUCAUAAUUCUCAUAUGUUACGCAUGGUAUUAGCUCAAGCACUUUUUACAAUUAUUUUACAAAUACCAUUUGCCGUAAUUUAUGUAUAUACUUAUGGUAAUCCCGUACUAACAAGUUUCUCUACCAUUCAAAUAUAUUAUAUAUCUGCUUACAUAGCCAGAUGGCUAUAUCUUGCAAAUUAUUGUAAAACAUUUUAUAUCAAUACAUUAACAAGUCAAUUGUUUCGAAAUAGUCUUCAUCAGCAAUGUCGUGAUCUUUAUUAUCGAUAUCAACGGAUGUAA